CCGCGGGAGAUUACCCAGAGUGCUGCUGGCCUGAGCUUCCAGAAGAUUAAGAGGAAGAGGUGAGAGAGGAGAACGGACAGAGUUCGGAGGAGGAGGUGGAGCCUCAGGAAGAGCCCCUCCCCCUCCAGUGAAGCCCCUCCCUUUAGAGGAAGUGCACUUGAACGCCGCUGCUGUCUGUGAUGCCCUCCCAUGACGCCGAGGUCGGUAGCUGACACUGCCAGUGAGCGGGAGACGCCACUGCACAACCGGUCCUGGGCCAGCGCCGUCAGCCGGUUCUCGCCCUCCCUCUCACACACUGGAGACUCCACAUCCAACCGCCUACCACUUUCCACAACCACCUGCUCCGUUCCGCCCCAGUAAGGACCCCCCAACGCAGACACGCUGACGUCCUCGACCAGCACCAGCAGCAGCAGCAGCAGCCAAAAACAAUAUCGUCAACACAAUCAGCAACACCAGCACCACCAUCAUCACCAGCAGCAGCAGCAGCAGCCGCAAUCAUGUCCAGUCGUAGAAAGUCCUCCACCCCCUGCAUGGUCCGGGUCAUCAGCGACCUGCCUGAUGAACAAGAUGACCCGGAGGAGGUGAUGGACAUGGAAAUAUUGGCAAGCAAAGAUGUGAGAGAAAAUGAACCACCUGAAUCUGCGAAAAAGAGUCAAAACCUCAUGAAGGAUAAUGGAGAUAAUCCAGACCGGAAGGCAUUUCCAAAACACUUAGACAAAGAGCAGCAGUCUGGAUGUGAAGAUCACCCCCCUGUCAUCGAAGAUGUAGAAGCCAGAGGGGGGAAGGACAAAGAAGCACCAGAAUCAGACCCGGUGUCCCAGAAGAAGCAGGGAAGAGGUUACGAGUGCAAAUACUGCCCGUUUUCGACGCAGAACCUGAAUGACUUCAAAGAACACGUGGACUCGAGCCAUCCUAACGUCAUUCUAAAUCCUCUGUACCUCUGUGCUGUCUGCAACUUCAACACCAAGAAGUUUGACUCGCUCACAGAGCACAACGAGAGCCGGCACCCAGGUGAGACGAACUUCAAGUUCAAGAGGAUAAAAAUGAACAAUCAGACUAUCUUAGAGCAGACAAUCGAAGGCAAGGACAAUUCAGCUGAAUGCGACGUGACAAAUGAAAAAGGUGAAAGCCACAGUAGCUCUGUGUUUCCACCUUGCAUAUCUACCACAGUGAAGUCUCCGGGUAGUGUGCACACGCUCUUUGGAGGGAGCGAACUGAAAAGCCAGCUGGACGGUUUGAUCCAGAAGGACCAAAUCACAGCAGUGAACAUCAACGGAACAGUCAUCAUCCCUGAACCCACCAUCGUCCAAGGGCUCUCCCAUGUCACCCCAAUGCUCCAGCGUCCACCCAACUUUAACUCUGUACCAAAAAUAGCCGUUCCCUUGAACACCACCAAAUAUAACCCUUCUUUAGACAACAACCUGACGCUGAUGGCCUCCUUUAAUAAAUUCCCAUACCCAACGCAUGCUGAGCUGUCAUGGCUUACAGCUGCCUCCAAGCACCCGGAGGAACAGAUCAAAGUCUGGUUCACUACCCAGCGGCUGAAGCAAGGUAUCACUUGGUCCCCGGAAGAGGUGGAGGAAGCCAGGAAGAAAAUGUUUAAUGGCUCCAUCCCUCCUGCUCAUCACACGUUCACCGUCUUGCCUACAAGCCCCAUCUCUCAGCCGUCUGCCAAAGCCUCACAGCAGCCCAUCGUCCACACGACAGUCGAGCAUCUCAGUCACGUCCGGACGACUGCGCCCAAUGGGCUAACUGUAGUCACCACAAACUCCCCGGCAGGCUCUAGCCACUCCCUUAAGCGACCCCUGCCGACACAGCUGUCAACAGUGUUUGAGUCCAAGCGACCCAUCAUGGCAGUGGCGCCCCACUCUGGUGACCCUAAAGACAAGGUCCUAAUGGCUCCUCCCCCACCACCUCCUCCCCCAAAAGGCCGCCUCCCAAUGGCUCCACCUCUUGUUCCCAUGGAGAUGAAAAGACCUGUAGCAGUUCCUCUGGUUACCACAGAGAUGAAGAGGUCAUCCGCUGCUGUGCCUUUAAUGCCACCGCCUCCAUCGUUGUCAUCAUCAUCUUUGUCUUCCAAAGGGAAGAUUCUCUCGGCGUCAGGAAAUCCCAAAACAAAGCCGGUGGUGUCUCUGCCCUCCAUAGUCUUUCCAGAGUCGUUAACAAGGCCAAUGAUUGCCCCCCCACCGAUCUCUGUCUCUCCGUUCAGAAACAGUUUACUUGUUCCCCGUACCGUGCCCGUCCCUUCCAAAGAAAAACACCCCAGUUCUCACAAUUUGCCAGCUUCUGAUUUAAAUUUGCCGAACUCCCCUCCGCUCAUUACUUCACAGGUAAGGAGGCCGACAAUUAUCCAGUCCAUCCGUGCUCCGGCUAAAGCUCCAUCCCAGAUUUCAGCGUUCUCCUUGGAUGGCAAGAAAUUAAAAGAGCAGCAAGGAGUGGAGCUGAAAGCCAGCUACCCCAGAGGAGACAAGGUAGUCAGUCCUCUGCCAGAGGCCAAUGGAACGUCUCGAAUGGACGGGAAAUGGCCCUAUGAUCCGACCUCUCCUGGUCACAAUAAUGGAAUCUUACAUUUGGACGGUGGGGACAUCCCAGCAGUACCAAAACCAGAUUUUCAACAUAAGUCCUCGGUGCUGACCCAGUUCCCCUUGCUGGAGAGGAUGAAAGGAAAAACGGCAAAACAACUGAAGAUCUUGGAGGAGAACUUCUUGCGGAAUAGCUUUCCUACACACAGCGACGUGGAUAAUCUGUCGGCCAUAACCCGCCUGUCUCAUCAGGAAAUCGACAGCUGGUUUGCAGAGCGCCGCGCGCUUCGAGACAACCUGGAGCAAGCCCUUCUGAACUCCAUGGGCACUAAAAGGAUGGGCGGCAAUGGCAUUGGUGCCAUCACUGAGAAGCAGCUACAUCAGCACCAAGCACUGCAACUGAAUGGGAUUCACAAACCAAGCACCGGUGUAGGCCUCCUUAAAAGCUCUCCACCAACUUCACACCCCCUGUCCAUGAUUGCUCCUGGCACCAUUGCACCUUCCGUCCCUAAUCUGAAUUCCUGCUCAGUGCCUCCAGACGGCCGAUCCCUGGCGCUCCUCAAGGACGAUUUUGCUCAAACGCGGUGGCCUUCCCCUGAGGAGUUCAGCCAGCUGGAGGGUCGGACAGGACUGGCUCGCGGAGAACUGGCCCGCUGGUUCACCGAUAGUCGGCUGCAGAGCGGCAGCAUGGACUUGGCAGAACUUUUUCACAACAAUGGCGUGAAUGGAGGACAGGGGCUGCCUAUGUGUUCCCCUGAAAACGUUCCACCCAGUAUCAUCCAGCGCUGUCAGGAAGGAGCCGUAACAAACAACAACAGUAAGGUGCUGGAGGUUGAGAUGGGCUGGCUGAUGGACCAGCGCACCAGCCUCAACAAUCAACAGCACGAUGAGCUCCAAGACCAGUUUGCUGGCAGACUGAGGCAGCAGAGCGUGGCGGAGCUGAAGAACGGGGGACGGAACGGGGGCGUCCUCGGAGGAGUGCGGGAGGUGUUCGGGACCUGGCUGGAGGACUCGAGGCGAGGGCGGGAGCUGCUCGUGGACAGAGAGAAGAAGAUGGCGGAGGACGCGUCUGGGAGGCUGACCGGAUAAACGGUGUGAAUAAGAUUCGCCUCCAUCGCCUCCGCCACCGCCGCUGCUGCUGGAAACAUAGAAGAGGAGAAAACAUGAAGAAUGGAGCAACAAAAGAAGAGUUUCUCGAUUAUCUAAUUUUUUUUCCCCUGUUCUUGUGUUUUCAGAUUUUUUUGGGUUUUUGUUUUUAAUCUCUUGAUUGUCGCAUCCCGGCUCACGCACAACAUCCUCCUCCGUCACGCCGUCAGCGACCUGGAGCCUCCGCGGUGUAGAUGUGACGCUCGCGCACAAAAGCACGAGUUUGAACACGACAGAGCCGCUGCGGCGCUUUACUGUGGGCUGCGCCCAAAUUGAAAUCUGAAGAGCGCGAGGGGAAAUUCAGGGUCACGAUCUGUGAAGAUAAUUGAAACCCCCCCCACACACACACACACACA